UCUGCCCCGCCAGCCGAGUUCCUCCCGAGUUCAUCAACCCCUCAACACCCAGCACCACAACCAAACACCGUCUCAGUCGACUCCCAAUACCUACACUUGAUACCUUCUGACACUGCCUGCCAAACAACUCCUUGAACCACCCCUUCCACCGCCAUCAUGAAGCUCCUCUACCCCAACACCCUAAAACUCGACAUCGAGUCCAUGUCCGGCUUCCCCACCGUAACCCUGCACCAGUACGACGCCAAAGCCCCGACCAUCCCCGCCGAGCUGCUCGACGCCGAGGUGCUAGUAACAUGGGCGAACUCGGCGGCGAACCUGUCGUUUGCGGCGAAGAACAUGCCGCGGCUGGCCUGGAUCCAGUCGCUCGCCGCGGGGCCCAACGACGUGCUUGCCGCCGGGUUUGACACGUCAAAGGUGCGCGCCAUCACGACGGGCUCUGGCCUGCACGACCGCACUGUUGCUGAGCAUACCUUGGGUCUGCUGCUCAAUGCCGCGCGGAGAUUCUAUGAGAUGCGGGAUUUUCAGUUGAGGGGCGAGUGGCCUGGUCAUCUUGGAGGGCCGCAGCCGGAUCGGGAGCAGGGGACUUUUCGAACGUUGAGGGAUGCGAAGGUGUUGAUUUGGGGGUUUGGGAAUAUUGCCAAGUGUCUGACCCCGUAUCUUACUGCGCUUGGAGCCGAGGUGAAGGGUGUCGCGAGGCAUGCUGGGGUUCGAGGUGGUGUGGAGGUGUAUGCCGAGGAGAAGUUGCCUGAGUUGCUGCCGCGGACGGAUGCGCUGGUGAUGAUUCUUCCUGGGGAUCCGUCGACGAGGCAUGCGCUGAAUAAGGAGAGGUUGGCAAUGCUGCCGCGUCAUGCGUGGGUGGUGAAUGUGGGCCGCGGCACGUCGGUGGACGAGGACGCGUUGUUUGAGGCGCUGGAACAGGGGAGGAUUGGGGGCGCUGCGCUGGAUGUGUUUGAGACGGAGCCGUUGCCGGCGGAGAGCAAGCUUUGGAAGGCGCCGAAUUUGGUUCUGUCGCCUCAUGCUGCCGGAGGCAGGCCCCAGGGGGCAGAGCAGUUGAUUGUGGAGAAUUUGAGGAAGUUCCUGGCUGGGCAGGAGCUGCGGAAUAAACUUUGAGGCUUUGAGCAGGGUCAUGUCCGGUUGAAAGGGGGAUUUAUAGAGGCUGCAGAGGUCAUACUCCAUGGUGCAUUAGAGCAAAGGGAAUCUGAGUACGUUACAAGCAAUCUACUCUUCUUUCUAUUGUACAUAAACCAGCCCAGGGUCCUGCCGCCGUGCCGGAAUUUUCUACACCAGCAACGCCCCAAGCAUCACCGCCAAACCGACCACAACGCCCGUCAUCAACCCCA